AUGGACACUGGCGCUACGCAGGGCAUGUCGGCUCUGCGGAUGGGCGCGGACGAGGACUCGGAGGCGGGGCACUUGGAGGCCAUCGAGGUGGACGACGACAACAUCGCGAGGACGGGAGCCUCUGCUGCUGCUGCUGGGCCCUCCUCGGCUCCCGGUCAUCUCGCGCCUGGGCUCACAGUCUCUCUUCGGGACGAGCUCAUGGUGGACUUCGUCGAGGAAGAGGUCAUGGUGCACCUCCCCUGGGUCGCUGCGGCGAACGCGGGGCAGGCCGCCACCGGUAGCCCAGCGGUCUUCUACCCGACAUGUUGGGCGGACCUCCAGGGCAUUUUGCAGAAGUUGGGUUACGGAGUGACCGCCGAGGAGGCCUGGCAUCUCCUGGGCCUGGCGAUGCUCGAUGGUCCGGACCCGUCGGAGCUCAUGAUUGCCAACAGGCGCCGCACGGCCGAGCAGCUCUGCGAGCUCGCUGUGGCCCCUCCAUGGGCGGAUGGGGAUCUCGCCCUCGCGCGGGGGUUCGCUGCCAAGGUCAACGAUGCGGCGGCGACUUGCGUGUCUGCGCUGCCCGUGGCUCUGGCCCAGCGCCGGCGUCUCAAGGUCACUGGGAGGCAGGUGGCACUAUGGGCCCCCACGGACCAGAAUGCGCUCACCAGGUUCCUCUCCCAGUUCAUGCGUCGCACGGCCGCGGCAGAGCGCCCGGCGGCCCUCUACCUCCUCGCCCCCGUGCCGCUGCAGGCAGGCAUGGGGACACUGGAGACAGUUCUGGACCUCUGGCACUCCCCGCUCUUGUCAGGGAAGUGGCCCCCCAUCGUGCGGGCAUACACGCUGACCUUGACACCCAUGGAGAUGCUGCUUCCGGGCGGUGGGUUCCCGCGUCACGUGUACCAAGGCCUCGCGGUCUUCCAUCUUGGCCACACGGAGCCGCGGGGGCUCCCGCGCUUGCUGGAGCCGCACGCCGCCAUCUGCACCGUGGAGGCGCCCAGGGUGAUGGUGUUGGACCUCCGGGCAGACGAAUACAACCGGACCAUGAACCUUCUCACGAACAGCGUCUUGCAGGGCGUCCUCAGCCGCGCACCGCGGCGCAGCCCAUUGAGCACUACGGCGAUUCCUCGCCUCUGCUUGGACUGGAUAUUGCCUCCAACAGUCCAGGACAUGGACAUAUUUCUCGUUCUCCGGCAUGGCCGUGGGGAGUCAUUAGCUUCAGACACCUUUUACGGCCUCCGCUCCAUGGUCGGACACGGGGAGGCGCUGCUCCUGGAGUUCUCCUCCAAGCUCGCGGUGCCGCACUACUGGCCGCUUUGUUCCCAGCUGGUCGCCAUCUCGCCCAGCAGGGUCGUCGUGUACACGGAGGCGGAGCCGGAGACAUGGACUGGCAAGAUGGACUAUGUCAUGCACAACGACGUGGAGGAGACAUCUGUCCGGCUACGCUGGCGGGCGUCCAAGCAUGGAGGCAGGGUGGUCGCGGCGCCGUCUGCCACCUCCCGCGGGCUGGCGGCUUCGCGGCGACGCGGCACAGCACCUCUCUCCCUCCACGACUUCCAGACCGACGUCGUCAUCCAGGGGGAGGUGGGGAAGGAGGACGGCCAGGUGGGGGAGUACAUCCACCUAGCUACCCAGGACCCCGCCGCCCAGCCAGGCCGGCUGCGGGUGCUCCUCUCGUCGAUUGACGACGUCCGCAAGCUUCACAAUGCCCUCCACGCGGAGCCGGGCCUGAGUACCCACCGGUUCCAUGACCCCGCAGGGUACUCUGGACACUUGCAUGGUGGAAUUCAGUAUUGGGAUGCUGAUGGCUCCACGGGCUUCCUCAUCGAGGUCGUGUGGUUUCUCCGCGCUGUGCCUACAGCGUCGAGCAGCCAGCUCCGCCACGAGAUGGAGGCCAUGCUGGACACGCGGUGUCUGCCAGUACUGCCACCUUUGGCAUACAGUGCGGAGGACAUCCUCCCUCGCGAUCCGGACGCUCUCCUGCGCCUGGACAUGCCGAUUGCGCUCUACCGGAGACAGCGGCUCCUGCGGGCAUUGGGGUCGCUCCCGAGGCCAGGGCAGUUUCAGGGUGAGUUCAGCGCGGCCACUUGGAACGCCCAGGCCUUCUUCUGCUCCGAUGAGGGCCGAUUCCGCGCCAAGGUUGCCUACGCGAGCCGGCUGCUGGAGCGGGCAUGCAUCUUGAUGAUCACGGAGGCGCACGGCACGGACGGAGCGUUGGACAUCGUAGUCACGUAUUUCCACACAGGCAGCACUGUCACCGAGCUGGACAAAGUUGGGGUGCACCCCAACUUUAUGGAGUACUGCUCGACUUUCCCGCGCCUCCGGGAGCACAUGCGGACGCGACUGGCCAGGGCCAUCCAACCUCAGCAUAGGGUGCUCACGCUCCUGGGCGGGGACUUCAACUGGGCGGCUCUUAAGACAGACCGCCGGUGCGUGGCCACGCUGCAGCCUACGGGCGGCCGCGACGACGGGGAGGAGAGGAACUUCCGGCUUUCAAUCGGUCAGCGGCACGGGCUCGAGGAGCUCUUCCAGCCGGAGAUGACGCACGUGUGUGCCACGGAGCUGCUCGUCGCUCACCCAGGAGCAUCCAGGUUGGAGCAGCUGCCCCUCCUGAAGGAAGCAAUGCGGGGGGUGGCCGAAAACUUCGGCGCCCCCACUGUGGGCCUCCCAUUGGCGGAGAAGGCUGAGGACAAGCUCGGGGCGGUCAUGGGAUUCAUCCGGGCGUCGGAGCUGGGUUUCCUCACGGACAUUUCGCACUGCCUGCUGCGGUACCCUCACAUAUCCUCCUUUGUGGCGAACCCCUACGACCUCCAGGGCAACUUGACGACCUCCCUCCGUGCUCUCCGUGACCAUGCAGUGGAACUCGCCCGGGAGGCCGCGUUGGGUCUGCUCCUGGAGGCUCAGGACGACGCUGCGGAGGGAGACGCGCUCCAGGUGAAGCGGAAGAGGCAGCGAGGCACGCGCUUGCUGUACAAGUUGGCGCCCGGUCGCAGCUCUGGCAUUGGGGCCAUCGUCGACGAGCGCGGCAAC